AUGGAGCUGCCGGAAAGAGCAGGCGCAGUGGUAGCCUCCGUUCUCGUCAGCUUUCUCGGCCUCCUAUCUUUCAGCACUUCUCACAUCCUCCUUCCUUCCUUUCCUCUUCCCCGGCUCUGGGUAGCCUUGGCUCGCACUCAUCCCCCCACUCGUUGUUCGACUCGCGCGUCGUCACGGCCAGGCGCACUCGCUCCUACCUCAAACAAGGGUGGACUUCUUAUACGCUCCCAGGGGAGUACCUCUAGUGUGGUCCCAGCUUUCGCGAGAUCGCUCAAGACAAGCUCUUCACAUACCAGCGAUAAGCCUGUAUACCUUCACGGUCGAUGGAGAGGAGAGGAGCCCAGCAGGUCGGUCAACAUCAUGCGGGUUGGUGCGGAUCUUCCAGCCUUCCCUCUUCGAUACCCAUUCAGCAUACUGACGCCUAUCAUGUCAUCUCCCAUGCCUACCGGGCACUUUCGUUUAAGCAUGAAGACUCGAGUUACUAGUCCGGAGGAGGAGGCCGAGGCCGAGGUGGAUGAUCGCGAUUUCCAGUUCACGCCUUAUGAGCUAGGUGCUGGAGGUCGUGCCCAACCCAUCUACAAGCGCCCCACUGCCCCUUCCUAUCCGCCCGGGAAGCCAAGUCAGCCAAUGGCACCGCCUGCCUCAAAGCCUGUCCCUCCCUACAAUCCACAACGUUCCUCCAACGCCCCGUCUAUCGCAAUGUUCCCCAGGACGAACCAAGCCCGAAAUGGUCAUGCCCCCUACCUCCAUCCUGGUCCCUUUGGUCCAUCCCACCAAGACGCCCCCGACGCCCGCCCGGAACGGAACUUCCGCCCCAAUCCAGCUUCAUCGCAUCAUCAGAAUCCCCUACCACCAGCGAGGCAGACAGCAAAUCGGACGCGGUCACACUCAGUAGCCACCUCAGGAGAGCAUAUUGCAGAGGAUCCGGUCGACAUCGCUGCCGCGUCUCGCUCACGAGCGAAGACGCCCACUCCGAGCAAGGUGCAGUCUACUCCAAACCGCAGUCGGUCAAACACGUCGAACGGUCACUAUCCUUCUCAUCCAAUGGCCGAAUCUCGGAACGAUAAUACGAUGAUGACUCCAGCUCGACGCGAAGCGCCUCCGGACCAGCUCACUCCACUUCCCACGUCAAACUUCUUCGACAACAUCGAAAACAGAGAGUUCAACGAUUCUCCUUCUGAGCCACUUCCCAUCAUACGUCCGACCUACCAAAGGCGCCCGUCCGUCUACAGCAAUCAGGCUCAACACCCCACCACAGCCUUGCCUACUCCGCGGCGGCCCGAUUCUCCUCCUGCCGACUACAGGGCGAGUGUCGCCUCCUUUCGACCUCCAUCUCCGAUUCAACGCCCUCGGUCGUCUUUCGCCGAGACCGCGGCGGCGAUGGAGCGAAAGUUGUUUGAGGGCGAGGAGAAAUGGAAAAGAAGCGAGAAGGAGAAUGAGGAGAUCACUAGGAAGUGGGCGGAGGAGCAGACGAAGAGCGCACAGCUUAUGCAGGAGGUCGAGGAGGCUCGCGAGCAGAUCAAAGAGAAAGAGAGGCGGGAGAGUGAAAUCCGAGAAAGUAAGCGCCUGUCGCUGGCGAAUGCAACCAGGGCCAUUGAGGCCAUCAAAGCCAAAGCGGAGCAGGUCGACCGAGACCAUCAGGCGCUCCUGGCCAUACCCAAGCCUGCUGCACUGCAGGAGUUCGAUGAGCUCAAAACACGCUAUACGGAGGUGACCUCGGCUAUGCAGGCGGUCAUGCCCCCUACUCCCUCUGGAUCGCAAGACGAGAACCAGGAGAACCAGCAACAUUCACUCUCCUAUAGAUCCCUGCUCGCUGCCCACGAAGAUGCCACUCGCCGAGCCAAGGACGCUGCCUCACUGGCCAGACAGGCGGCGGAAGAGCUCGAGCUUACGACAGUGCGGGCCGAUGCCAUCACUCUCAAGUCUGAUCUCCACCUCGAGCGCGUCAAGAACGAGGCAGAAGUGGACAGAGUUCGGAAGAUUCAGGAGGACUACGUGUCAUCUCGCAAGAAGUGGAGUGACGACCUCCAGGACACUGAGCGGAGGAUCAAGGAGAUGCGAGCGGACUACCACCAGAAGUUGCCGGAGCUCGAGACUUUGAUUGCUGCAAAGACUCUUAGCAAACAUGAGCUCGACACCAAAACCAAGGAAUGCGAGGCAUUCCAAAUCAAUCUCGAGAGUCUUCAAGCGCACGCCGAUCACCUACAAGAUAACCUCGACAAAGCCAUCGAGUACCUGCAGCGCGCUGGGGUCGCCGAUGAGGAUGGGGCGGUCAACGAAGAAGCGAUCGAGAAUUAUCAGACGCUCAAGGAGGAGUACGAGAAGGAAGCAGAGGAUCUGCGGCAAGCUCUGCACAAGCUUGCCCAGGAGCACAGCACUGCGGCGGAGAAGAUCGCCGGACUGGAGGACAACGUUGCCAGGCAGGAGAAGGACCUGGAGGGCGCUGCUCUUCGGGAGCAAAGCUCGCAGGAAGCCGCAGAUGAGGUGUUCCUGCUCCGGACUAGGGUGGUGGAGGUCGAAGCGGAGCUCAAGGCCGAGAAAAGCAAGGUAGAGGCGCUUGAGCGUGGCGAUCAGACAAUGGGCAGAGAGGUGCAGAGUAUGCAGAACCAACUCAAUCUUGCGAAUGCCACCGAGACUAAGAUGCGAGCUACCAUCGAUACCCACAUUGCGGGCGCUAGGAAGUCCGAAGUCGAGAUCAAGAGCCUCAAGGACAAGCUUGCAUCGCUGGAGCAGCAGAUUAAGCAGCAGAAAGCCACCUCGCCUGUCUCGGCCGGCGUCGAGCGGGAGCUCCGGGCUCAGCUUGCUAAGUCCCGUGAAGAGAUUGUGACGUUGAAUGCGGGCAUCGCUAGUCUCGAGUCGGACGUCAUGGGCGCAGAAGAAGGCGAGACUAUGCGCAAGAUGGAGAUUGAGGGGCUAAUUGCUACUAAGCAGAGACUGGAGUCGGAGCUGCAGGAGGCCAAGGACCAGCUCGAGAUCGCCGGCAGCACACAGGCUGUCCAAGCUUCCACUACCGAAUUGGAAGACAGGAUUGCCGGUCUCGAGGAAGAGAAUACCAAGCUGCGCAAGGCGGCAGCGGAGAACGAUGAUGAUGUCGAGGAGAGGUAUCAUAUGGACCAACUCACUGCGAACGAGGCCAAAGCUAUUCAGAUCGCCCUGAAGAUGUCGGAAGCGGUGUAUGCUGAACGCACCAGAGACAAGGAUGAUGAGCUAUCCAAGCUGAGGAAGACCGUCGAGGGAAUCAAGAAGGACCUCAAAGCCACCCAGAAGGUCAACCGGGAUCUGCAGAAGCAGAAGGAGGCGGGCGCGGGCUCGCCUCUGACCUCCCCUCCGCCAUCCCAUCAGGCGAGUCCCGACAAGACCUCCGCCGCUGGUCCUUCGAAGCCAUCCACCUCGAGCAGCAAGACGAGCGACUCGACUGCCGCCUCCGGACGAGUCACCAAGAAGAUCCGCUUCGACGUACCUACUCAAGAUAACGAGCCGAAGGGAUCGAGCAAGAUGACGACUGCCUCAUCCUCGUCGCGGCCGAAACAGACGCUCGCUCAAGAUAUUGCGCAGCACAGCGACCCCAUCCAAACCCUCAGCAGUCCCAGCCAGCCCAUCGCCGGCUCGUCCAACUCCGCUUCGGUCGCUGCUGCAGACACUGCGGGACGCUCUACUGGGGGAAAGAACAAGCUGAACGCCAAUGGAAAGCGCCGAUGUGUUGAUUCGGAGGACGAUGAUGUAUACGCCCCUCCCAAAGCCAGCACCAAGAAGACCCCGGGCAACAAGAAGACCGCCAAAGCGUCCGGAUCGAAAGCCGCCGCCACCAAGAACAAUGCCAAACCUGCGGCCGCGUCAACCGACCGCCAGACUCGGGCCACCUCUCGGACGCCCUCCUUCUCGCAGCUACCGCCGGCAUCGUAUCCGCUCCCGCCCGUCACCCAAAACCCGUCAAAGACUCGGCCCGAUCGCGGACGCAAGCCGGCGAAAGUCCAGGAGGAGGACGAGCUGGAGGAGGAUUGA